AUGCUCUCCAUACGAGCUCUGCGUUCCAUAUUGUUGCGACCUUUGGCGUUGCGAGCAUUCAUACCCCCCACUCGGCUAGCUGUGCCCACAGUUUUUGCAUCGGUUAGAUGUGUUAGUUUUGCUCGUAACCCCAAUGAGCUUCGAGCACAAAUCGAAAAAAACAUCAUAAAUUCGCUGGAAAAAGUGUCUAAAGACAUUGUAAUUGACGCGGUUCGAGCAUGCAAGAGCUCGUCACAGAUGCAAGAACCCUUGGCGUUAAUCCAGAAGAUUUUGGAAAGCGACAAAGUUGUCUUUGACGAAACUUUGCUCCGUGAACUUUUCCUUUUACGGCUUCCCACCUCGGCAAACAUAGCCUUGAUUCGUCAGUUCUACGUCCGCAAUCCCGGGAGCGAAAUCACUAAGUCUACGGCUUUGAUACCCUUUCGGUACUGUCUUUUUGAGGGCGACUUGAAAGAUGCAUUAGUUGUCACCGACCUCACCACGGGCCAUCCUAAUUAUAUCAAGAAGAGAAGCGCGGAAUUACGAUCUGGGAUCAUCAAGGUGGCUUCAACCGCUAUCGGAAUCACUCUUUUCUCCAAGUUGGGCGUGCAGGCUCUCAUAGACGAAGGCAUACUUGCCGACAGCUGGCGGCAUCUCAGUUCCAUAAACGCCAUGAUAAUUACAUAUCUUCUCAACUCUUCGUUUUUCGUCACCAUCGUUCGGUUCGGACGUCAAAUGGCGUCGGCGGGAGGUGACUACUUGACCUGGCAAAAGGGAACUUUCUACACCCAUUGGUACAAGCAUGCAGACGAAAUGAUGAUGUGCGCUAGAAUUAUGGAAGCUGACAUUGCCAUAAAUGGUGGUGGUCCUUCUGGCGGUGCUGCGUCUCCAGAACUCGUAGAGGAAUUGUGCCGUACAGCCGAACAGGUGGAGACUCACACCUUGCAACCAGGAUACACUCGAGAUGGAAAAAAAAUCAGGCUUCUUGAACCCAGAGACAACCUUGAGGAUCUCAAGAUGCAGGCGUACUGGAUGAGCGGUGGAGAUGGUUUCGAGUGGGUAGAACCCGAUCAAGACCCUGCCACGAUAAUGUGGAAACAGCAUUUGCGCGGAGGUCAAGUGGAAGGUGAUUCUCGACAGAGUUUGAAGUGGGCUGACGAAGUGACGGGGCAUGUAAAUAGCGGGAAGGAAUAG